AUGCAUGUUAUGACCACGAGUGUAGAAGACGGCCACAUUGCCUACGAGGCACUCACGAACGCACAGAAAGCGGAGCUCGCCGCUUGGGUGCGAAGUCAGCUGGAUGGCACGAACGGUACCUCACAGUGGCGUCGGCACACGCAGGAGAUGAUCCGCCAGGCUAUGGCGCGCAGAGCCGCGUCCGGUGCACCACUCGACGCCGGCGACAUUCUUGAGGAGAUCAUGCCGCACGUACGCGCUGCUAUCCCGCCAGAGGUGCGCGAAGGCCUCUUCCGCCGCGUGGCAGCGCAGCUGCACUCGUAA